GCGCGCCGGCUGUCAGCGGGGCCGCGGGGUGCCGCGCUGCCGCCUGCGGGGCCACGGCGGCGGGGAGCGCCCGGGCAUGGCCGGCUAGGGCGGGCGGGAGCCGGCCGCCGCCGCCCCUGCCUCCUCCGCGCCCCCUCGCCGGGCCGCCCCCUCCCCCGCCGCCGCCGCGGUGAAUGAAUGAAUGGCGGAGCCCCGCGCCGCACCAUGAGGCGCCGGCCGGGGACCGCGCCCGGGCUCGCCCUGCUCUGCCUCGCCGCCCUGCUGGCCCGCGCCGCCGCCGCCGCCGCCGGGGAGCCGCCCCGCGCCGAGCCGAGCCGCGCCGCCGCCCCGCCGCCGCCCCCCGCCGAGCCCGGCAGCGGCAGCGGCGGCCCCGCCGAGGGCACCGCGCCGCCGCCGGCCGAGCCCCGCGGCACCCCCGCGGCCCCGCCGGCCCCCGCGGCCACGCCGACCCCCGCGGGGCCUGGCCGGGGCAGCGCCGCGCCGCCGCCCGAGGAGGAGGAGGAGGAGGAGGAAGAGGAAGCCGCGGGCAGCAGCAGUAACAGCACAGGCUCUGCGUGCAACUGCAGCGCGAGCGGCAGCGAGUGCGACGCCACGACGGGGCGGUGCGCCUGCCGCCAGGGCUACGCGGGGCCGCGGUGCGAGCGCUGCGCCGAGGGCUACCACGCUGACGGGAGCAGCCAGCCGUGCCGGCCCUGCGGCUGCAGCCCCGCCGGCUCCCUGGGCCCCGGCUGCGACACAGAUGGGAAAUGCCAGUGUAAAGUUGGUGUGACAGACCUGAAGUGUGACCGGUGCAGUGAUGGAUACUACAGGUUUAACGAAACCACCUGCGAGCCGUGCCAGUGCAAUAACCGGUCCCAAAUCUGCAAUGCGGUAACAGGCACCUGCCUGGAUUGCCAGGAAAACACCAAGGGAGAGCACUGCGAGCAGUGCAAGGAAGGCUUCUACAGCAGCGCCCAGCCCGGCCCGGCCUGCCGUCAGUGCCCGUGUUCAACUGUAGCAUCUACUGGCACCUGCCAAAUAAGACCCGGUGACACUACUCCAAUGUGUGACAAAUGCAAAGCUGGAUACAAGGGCCCCAACUGCAACCAGUGCGACAAUGGCUACUACAACUCCGACAGCAUCUGCGUGAGAUGUAAAUGCAAUGGGAACGUGGACCCGGCCCAGUCACCCAGGGUGUGCGAGCCGGACAGCGGGGAGUGCAUCGGCUGCCUGUACCACACUGCCGGCUUUCAUUGCGAGGAGUGCCAGGAGGGCUACAGCAGGGACCCCGAGGGAGCCAACUGCACCAAGAAAGAAGUCACUCUUGGCCCAGGAACAACAGAGUUUAUAACCUCUGCUCCGAAUGCCAGCAGAGCAACAUCAUUUUCAACUGCAGUGAUAAACAGUACGUUGUCACCAACAACUACACAGACUAUAUUUCCUAUAAGUUCCUCUGACAAUAGUACUUCUGCUUUUGCAGAUGUUUCAUGGACUCAGUUUAACAUAAUUAUUUUGACAGUUAUCAUCAUAGUUGUUGUCCUACUAAUGGGCUUUGUGGGAGCUGUCUACAUGUACCGUGAGUAUCAAAACAGAAAACUUAACGCUCCUUUUUGGACCAUUGAACUCAAAGAGGACAACAUCAGUUUUAGCAGUUACCAUGACAGCAUACCCAACGCCGAUGUGUCAGGCCUGCUGGAAGACGAUGGGAACGAAGUUGCACCGAACGGACAGCUAACACUGACAACUCCCAUGCAUAAUUAUAAAGCUUAAAAGAAGAAGCAAUCCAGCUAUUCCAAAGUUGGCUUAAAAAAAAUCGCAGGGCUUGUUGAAGGGGUAUCAGGAUCCGUGCCAAGGCUCCAAGCAAAGGAAUUUGCUCUUCAGAUACUCUUAUGCUGGGCAUGCUGUAGCUUGCAGGUGAACAGAAAAAAAAGUGUAGUACAUCUGAAUUUCAGGUAAUGUGGUAAAAUGCAUUCAGUUUCUUGUUCUCCAUAAAGAUCCAUAGAAUUCACUGUUGUUAAGGAUUUAAAAUUAUGCUGAACUUAAAAUAUAUUUUUUUAUGAAGAGGUGGUGGGGUGGAGAAAGCAAUACCCCAUGAUUAAUCAGAAGCUACUUGACUUCCAGCCAACCUAACACUUAUGCCUGCAUCCUUUAUUUUGAAAAGUAGCUUGUGAAUUCACAGUGGAUUUUCAGGAAAUAGACUUUUGUAAAGACUUCAUAUUAGUUCCUGAUAUGAAUUUGCUUGAAAAGGGAGGAGGAGGAAAAAAAAGGGGGGGGGGGGGGGGAGAUCAUUGUUCACUGUACCACCAAGAGGCAAGUAGAGGAGUAAGUUACGCACUUGAACAAAAGUCACCGUUAUCAGUUUCCACUGAAAUAGGAAACAGGAAAAAAAAAUACCAUGAAAAUAAUGGAGUUAGGGAGGAGGCUAUGCUUUUCCCUUUCUGAGUACUUUUACAGGGUGAUGAUGCUAUUAAAACACAGAAAUCCAUUUUUUUUCUAGUAGGGGUUGAUGAACUUGUAUAGUUUCUGUGCAAGGGAAGACGACAAGACAUCUCAGGGUUGCCAUGUAAAAAUAAAAGCUAGGCUUAAUAUCCUACCCUGAUAGAAAUGGUGUGUUCUGUAUAUAGAAUGUAAUAUAUCUUCUUGGAAUUGUAUUUGUAAUUAUUUGUAAAAAAGACAAACAACCAAAAAAACCCAAGAACAAAAUCAUGACCCCCUCCAACUCCCUAUUCUCCAAGUCAUAUUUUAUCAUCUAGAUUUUAAUUGUACAGCGGUUAGUGGCGUUGUUUAAAAAGAAAAAAAUGAGGAUUGUUUAAAAUACUGUAAAUUAGAUGGCAAUAUUGUUGGAGCUGGGACUCUGGCAAACACCCACUGCUUGAAGCUUUUCUUCUCGUGUUGCUGAAUAAUUUUCUUUUUUAGAGAAAAUGUGAGUGCUCCCUACUUGCAUCUGUCAAUUUUCCCCGUUCCUUUAAAUACACAGUAAAUAGCCAGCCUCGCCAUGACGAGGCCCUAGUAGGUGUCCAACAAUCGGAUGUACUGUUCUGCUGUUUGCUUUUAAAUCUUAAAGAUGCAAAUAUGCUGUCAUAAAUGCAUUAUUAUUGAGGUCUUGAUCUUGAUGCCCAGGCCUUUCUGAAGUGGCUGCUCCUGACACGAGUGAAUGUCAUUGCCAUCUCUUCUGCACUUACAUGGUGACGGGGAGACUUGCCGGAGGGCUGAGUGUGGCCUCGUGGCCUCCCUUGGAGGCAAAAAUUUUGCAAAGGCAAAAAUCCCCUGCAUUUCGGUGGAACUGGGGUUUCAGAGCACAGCUUGCAGGAGCCAAUCUGCGCUUUCAGAUUUCUAAGCUUAAAAGCUAAAAGUGCGUGGAUGCUGUCAGGAAAUUCAUGCUUAAAAGUUCAUGUAGCACAAGACAGCGUGAGGGGAAAUCAGCUGUCAAAAAACCAUAAGGGGGGCUAUAGGUUUUAUGAAAUCCCCUGACUUUUGUCAGGCUGGAGGACUGUUAGCAAAGGGAGAACAACUAAAGGCAGCACAGCACAAGGGAGGGUGCCCCUGGCACCUGCGUGGGGCCUCGAGGCGGGUGCUGUGCCCUCCCCGUGCUGGGGAGCCACCAGCGCGGCACAGUCUCAGAGUCCGUCCCAUGAAAAUUAUACCAUUGCACUUAAGCAGGGUGUGAAACAAAUACUUUGCCUAACUUAUGACCAACCUCAGAACUAAAGCUGUGUUGCUGUAUGUGUUGGUGCUUUGCAAGCAAUUAACGCUGAGGAUAAAUGAAGUACCUGCUAAAGGUCAGCAGGAGCUGACUGAUGCAUCCUCAGAGCCAGGCACAAUAAAUAUUUCUCAAGUGGAAGAUGAGAAACAGUAGGAAGAAUGUGGCGAUUAUUUAUUUGCUUUCCAAUGCUGCGUGGAGGCAUUUCUUAAGAUUGGAGACUUUUGGGGAAAGGGGAGUAAGUGCUGUAAACACAUGCAAAAGAUACUAAUUCUGCCUCAGAGAAGUUGCUGCCUGAUUUAAAGAUGAGGCACAGCAAGUAAGAAAGAAAACAGCCGAGAAGGGGCAAGGGAGACGGUGAGAGCAGGAUGUGAUACUGCAUAUAGGCCUGAGCCACAUGCUAUUAGACCCAAUGGAAACACUCUCAUUGCUUGCUAUGGGCCUGGGUUGGUCCCAUGGUAUGGUCCCAUGGUUGUAGGUAAUUAAUUGGGUUGAAGUCAUUCAGAGCAAUGUUGGUUUUAGUUAUAAAAUGGGGGAGGAAUGGAGGAGAGAAUGGGGAGAGAACUGGGAUAUUGCUAUUCCUUGAGUUACUCAUCAAGCUUUCAAAGAGCAGACUGAUGACAAUGUAGAGGAUUUCCUAAAAAUUGUAAUUGUUCGGCAGUGCUCGUUUAGUGAUACAUGUGCACUGGGUCCCUUCAUGGGGCAAGGAAGGGUAAUUUAGAAACUCUUAGCUUCAGGGGAUAAUGCUAGUGGGAAAAGUGAAGGACAGAUUGUUCACUCUGUUUCCAAAAUACUUUAGUAGGGCUUUUCAUCUCUGCAACAAUACACUUCCUCAAAUUUUUGAAAGACUGUAGGCUACUUUGUAACGGGAAUAGGCUUGGCUUCUCUCACUGCAGAAACGCUGACUCUGCAAAACUGCAGCAUGAGUUCAGAAAGGGAUGUUCUCGCAUCUGGGCUGCUUCUGAGCUGUAACCACCAAAUUAUUGUAAAUGUUUCAUGUUUGAGCCCUGGAUUUGAAAAGAGGAGGAGGCCAGGAUGCCUUACAGUCAGUCUGCAAGGGAAGGUGAUAAGGCCAUGCUGUUGUCAGCUGGUUGCACAUCUGGAUGAAGAUAUCAAUGAUGGAAAGCUUGGACAGGCCCAGGUGCCCAGACUGCCCUGAUCCUCACAGCACAGGAAAGUGCAGGAUGUUCUUUAGCGGGCACUGGAGCUAUUGCAAAGAUAUUGCACUGGCACAAUCCUUCUCAGAUGGCAAAAUGACUCAGCCAGAAAAGCACAAGCAUCUCCAGCCAACCAGGCCUUUUGCUUAAAGAACACUUGCAAAAGGAGAUGAAUGCCUUGGCAAAGAAAGGAUAAACAGCUGCAUGUUUGACCUUGUCUGGUGAUCUGAGAUUAAACUCUGCUUGCUCCUUCCAUCGAUCAUGCAGCCAUCUCCCGGGCAUCGCAGGAAGUGAGGAAGAAGCUGAGCUAGUUACAUCUCCUGAUCGGCUUAGGCUAGCAUCACACUUUGACGGGCUGUGGAGCCAGGGUAGCAAAGGCUGUGGCUGUUCCACCAGGCCCACUGACCUGCCAUGUGUUAUAUAACUUGUCGUGAAGCUUCCCAGAUGCUGAGGUUUGCCCAUGCCAGGCUGGAGUACGCACAGGUAAACUGGAAGCAGACUUGCAGAGCUCCACUGGGGCCCAACUCAGAAACUGUCAAGAGAAGGGGAAGACACCUAGGUCACUCGUAGGGCUGAUGCGGCAAUACCGAUACACGUGGCUUUCCUGAAAGGGCCACCACACAUCACCCUCUGAAAGGGCCUACUGCUGUCUGGCUGGAGCAAUGUGGCUGUGCUGGGGUAAGGCACUCAGUGGCAGGGCACCGGAGCUGUAGAGCAUAGAGAAGGUUUGAUAAGGCAGGUUAGGGCUGGGUGAGGGUGGGAAACUAGCUUGCAAGGCAUGAUCCUUAGGGUCAUGGGAGCUGUGCAGACCCAGCUGGUCUGGAUGGGUUAGUUAAGUUCCACAGUCAAAUAAGUGAAGGCAAGAAGAUAAUGGAUAAAGGGCAAAAAACAAUGGGGCAAAGGCAUGGGGCAGCCUGGCUGGCUCACAACUAAGGAGAGCAUUUGGUAAGCACAAAGUGCAGCAGACAUGCAAAAAUAUGAUUGGGUUAAUGUGAAUAGAUGAGUUUAAAUCUUAUGAACCACUAGCUCUAAAUAACUGCGUGGAGCACUGGCCCUGGGGUGUUGUCGUGAGAUGUCAUCCAUUGGAAUGGUAAUUCCCUUGGAUCAGGCUGAACAAACUUAGCACAUUGGAAGCUAUAUAUGAAAUAGGAAGGGAUGUGUUCAGCAUCCUUCGGGCAUCCUGGGCCAGUUAACCACUGAUAUACAGCAUUUUUAUCCCAAAUGUUACAUGCAAUGUAUAUGUGGCAGAAAGUUUCUGCAGUCUCCUUUAAAUAAAGGAUAUAAAAUUGAAUCCUAAAAAUACAUUUCUCCUUCAAAGUAAAGUUUUAAAAUGAGCUCCCAUGGGCCUCUGCUAUUUAUGUGUCAGAGGAAUAGAUUAAAAUAAGAAAAAUGUGGGCCUUAAAAUCGUACUUGCUCCCAAUUGAAACCCAUCAGUCUUACUAUACAUCCAAAUAAGGCGUCUCCAAAGCAUAUGCUAUGCCUACAAAUGCAUUUCUAAAAAAAAAGUGUAUGAUUUGAAUAUAUGUCAGAAUUUAUACAGAAGAAUGUUAUUUAAAAUGAAUAAAAAUAAAUGUAUAUAAUUUGUAUCUAUGCCACAUGGA